UGCCCAUUUUGCAUACCAUCAAUCCCAUUGGAUCCCUUGAAGCCUCAUAGCCUUCUUGCCCACAUUGGAGCACACAUCUUGAAUGAAUCAGAUUUACCUUCAACAGAACCUUGCGGGCUUUGUGGUUCCCCAUCACCUAGCUGUCAGUAUUAUCUGACAAGGAGUACUAAAGGGUCCACUCGGACCAAGAUUGAUUAUCAUACAUCAAGGGGCUGUCGAAACCUAGCUGUCAGGUUUAAUUACAGUGUUGCAAAGGUAUCAAAGGAAUCAGCACCUUGCUCUAAUGUCCCAAUUCGCUGUCCGAUCUGUCCUCCAAAUGCAUUUGCAAUCUGGAAGUACAAUGCCAAAUAUCAUUUUAUCAAUCAGCAUCCCACAGUCCAAUUAGAUCGGUACAAAGAUCUGUGGAACAUCACAGAGUCAGAGAUGAAGGCAAUGAAAGAGGUCUGGAAAAACCGAACACAAAUACCAAAAACAAGGGGUCCCAAAAAGAAGAAGGGUGGGCUUGGUACACUGGUAAUGUCUAAAACUCACACAAUUUCCCUUGUUCAAAGGUGUGUUCUUAAUAGUAUCAAACAACAUUAG